UGUUUGGUCGUCCUGAGGUGUUAGUGAUGGAGGGGGAGUCAGGUCUUUCUGCCCACACACACUCCUCCAUCCGUGAGUGCGGAAUCCCGCUGUAUCCUCUGAAGUGCUGGGGCAGGCCGACGACACGGACUAUCUUCACACCAGUGACAAGAUACAAAUGCAAGCGUAGUUUCCGGAGGCUAUAACAAUUUAUACAGAGGACCGCGAGUCGCAUUUGAACGGUUUGGUUAGUUUUGACUUUGCGAGGACUGCCGACCGAAGUAGAGAUUGAGGUAAAAGUUUUUGUUCUUUACAUUCUUUUCGCACGGGUGGGAUUUUCAGAAGACAAACAGACGAACUCGGUCGGAAAUCGCUUCGUUGGGUCUGUAAAUGAGUCUUAAACGUUAUGUUACUUAACGAAAUCAUCUUGAGGACGAGCACGCGUCUCUGCUGAGCGUUGUCACUCAUUGCAAACGAUUCUCGGACGAGACCAAAGAAAAACUGAGUAACAGCCGAGUGAUUUAUUGAAAACCCCAAAGGCUAUGACAGAGGACGAAAUGAGGAGUUGCGUCCAGUGACUGUUUGGGAGCCUGCGUUUGUGAACUUCUGAAUCAGAUCUGGGAUUGACUCUUUUCAGAGAGGAUUUGUUCCAGAAAGAUGAAGUGCUGAUGUCCUAGCUGUUUUUUAUGGAGAGCUGGGCUGGAUGCAGAGUUCAGAUGUAGAGAAUCCUUGAUGAUGAUGAUGAUGAAGACCAUGUUGCUGCUGAUCACUGUACUUCUAACUCAGGCUCUUCAAUCCCAGGGCAGACCAGCCACCCAAGAUGAGACCCUGGUCGAGCCGAUGCCGUACACUUUGUAUCCGGGGGACAAACUGGAGCUAAGCUGUAAAAGUAUAGAGGAGACACAGGAAGUGACCUGGACUAAGGACCACGUUCCCCUGGUUGACGGAGAGCACACUCGCCUGCAUAACCAUCAGAUGGAGAUUGAAGCAGUAGAGCCGGCCGACUCUGGUCUGUAUGCUUGCUUUGCUCAGGGACCCAACAGCAACCAUACAGAUUACUUCAGUGUCAACGUUACAGAUGGAUUGGCUUCUUCAGAAGAUGAUGAAGAAGAUGAGUCUUCCUCAGAGGAGACCAAGCUAUCGAGUGACCAGAAACUGCUUCCAAUGGCACCCGUCUGGGCUCAACCUGAUAAGAUGGAGAAGAAGCUCCAUGCGGUUCCUGCUAGCAGAACCGUCAAGUUCCGCUGCCAGGCCAAUGGUAACCCUACGCCAACGCUCAAGUGGCUCAAGAACGGCAAAGAGUUUAAGAAAGACCAGCGAAUAGGAGGCUACAAGGUGAGGGAACUACACCACAUGUGGACCAUCAUAAUGGAGUCGGUGGUACCGUCAGACAAAGGCAACUACACAUGCCUGGUGGAAAACAAAUGCGGCAGCAUCAAUCACACCUACCAGCUGGACGUAGUCGAGCGUUCACCGCACAGGCCGAUUCUUCAGGCGGGGUUGCCUGCUAACCGUACAGUAGUGGUGGGGAGUGACGUGGAGUUUGAGUGUAAAGUCUUCAGCGAUCCUCAGCCACACAUCCAGUGGCUGAAGCACAUUGAGGUUAAUGGCAGUAGAGUCGGCCCUGACGGACUGCCAUAUGUUCGGAUCUUAAAGACGGCAGGCGUCAACACCACGGAUAAGGAGAUGGAGGUACUGCAGAUCAGGAAUGUGUCUUUAGAGGAUUCUGGAGAGUACACCUGCUUGGCUGGAAACUCUAUCGGCCACUCCCAUCACUCUGCAUGGUUGACUGUCUAUAAAGCCAUUCCUCCGACUCCACUACCAAACCAGACCUACCUGGAGGUGCUGAUCUACUGCGUGGGCUUCUUCCUCAUCUGUGUGAUGGUGGUGACCGCCGUGCUGGCCAAAAUGCACAGCUCGGCCAAGAAAAGUGACUUCAACAGCCAGCUGGCAGUCCACAAGCUGGCCAAGAGCAUCCCGCUGCGCAGACAGGUGUCUGUGGACUCCAGCUCAUCUAUGCACUCGGGUGGGAUGCUGGUCCGGCCCUCUCGUCUGUCCUCCAGCGGCUCCCCUAUGCUCUCAGGGGUCUCCGAAUAUGAACUGCCCCAGGACCCUCGCUGGGAGGUGGCCAGAGACAGACUGGUUCUUGGGAAGCCGCUUGGCGAGGGCUGCUUCGGGCAGGUGAUGAUGGCCGAGGCUAUCGGGAUGGAUAAAGACAAACCCAGUCGUGUCACCAAAGUGGCUGUCAAGAUGCUCAAAUCCGACGCCACAGAGAAGGACCUGUCAGACCUCAUCUCCGAGAUGGAAAUGAUGAAGAUUAUUGGCAAACACAAGAACAUCAUCAACUUGCUGGGGGCCUGCACACAAGAUGGUCCUCUCUACGUCAUUGUGGAGUUUGCUUCAAAGGGCAAUCUGCGGGAGUAUCUGCGUGAGCGUCGUCCGCCUGGGAUGGAGUACUGCUACAACCCCGACCAGGUGCCUGUGGAGAACAUGUCAAUCAAAGACCUGGUGUCCUGCGCCUACCAGGUGGCACGUGGCAUGGAAUACCUCGCAUCCAAGAAGUGUAUUCAUAGAGACUUGGCUGCCCGUAAUGUCCUGGUAACUGAAGAUAACGUUAUGAAGAUCGCAGACUUCGGCCUGGCCAGAGACAUCCAUCAUAUUGAUUACUACAAGAAGACCACCAAUGGUCGUUUACCGGUGAAAUGGAUGGCGCCUGAAGCUCUGUUCGACCGCAUUUACACCCAUCAGAGUGACGUGUGGUCUUUUGGGGUGUUGCUGUGGGAGAUCUUUACUCUUGGCGGGUCACCGUACCCAGGUGUCCCUGUCGAGGAACUCUUCAAACUGCUAAAGGAGGGCCACCGCAUGGACCGCCCCUCCACGUGUACCCACGAACUGUAUAUGAUGAUGAGAGAUUGCUGGCAUGCCGUCCCAUCUCAGAGACCCACGUUCAAACAGCUGGUGGAGGAUCUAGACCGCACCCUCUCUAUGACGUCCAAUCAGGAGUAUCUGGACCUGUCUGUGUCUCUGGACCAGUUUUCUCCAAAUUUCCCCGACACACGCAGCUCGACGUGCUCUUCCGGUGAAGACUCCGUGUUCUCCCAUGACCCCGGCGCUGAUGAGCCCUGCCUGCCCAAAUUCCCCCCUCAUCCCAACCGCGGGGUGGCGUUUAAAAAGCGCUGAGCUCCCUCACCUUCAGUUCCUCUCCAGUGUGCUACCUGGCUGGACUCGGCUCAUGAACUCUGGGAGACCAUGCUUUGCCACAUAGCACACUGAAGAGCUCGGCACGGACGUCACAUAAUGAGACGCUAGUUUCACAGCUGGAAGAGAACAAACUGGGCCUUCGCUGACCCCAUUACCUGUUGUUGCUAUAAAGCUACAGGGCACUUGAGCAGAAAGUGGUACACGUGUGUUUCUCAAAAAUAUCCUCCUGCCAUCUAUACUACAGAAAACCUUGAAGAUGUUAGCGUCAUCAAAUGAGGAACAGAAUGAUGGAUGUUGGGAUUGUUUAUAAUAACAAGGACUUUUCUUUUGACCAAAUUCGUAAGAAAAUGUAUUCCACUAAAUGCUCUGCCCGAAUGUAUUUUAACAACGGGCACACAGAUUAUCUGACUGACAGCCUUUCUUGUAAAUACAUCUAGAAAUGUAUAAAUAUGAAUAUAUAUUUACACUCUACCCUCAUUUUUUAUCACACUAUUUGAAUCGUGUUGCUUUUUGUACCAGGAUGCGUUUAUGUAGAACUUUUUGAAGUGUAGCUUUUUUGAAAGGGACUGCGAAAAACGUCCACGAGAAUUGUAGAUGAAAUGAUAUUAUUAAGAGCUGAUAGAUGGCCAGUUUUGUUUCUUAGCGUUUUUGUCCUCUCUCGUUGAUGCAGCUUGGCAAAAGUGGCUCAAAACUGCUGCUAUGUUCCUGAUGGUACUCAGUACAGCGUCAGACUUAAGCUAUUAUAUAAUAUAUGUAUUGAAAAGGUUCUCUUCUUCGCGUCUUAAGCAAGUCUGAAACAAGUCGAUGCAUUUUUGGAAAGAUCACUGAAAUUCUCGAUGAACACAAAUAUAUAAAUCACCUAAAAUGUACCUCGGAGAGAAGCUAUAAAUGUUUAGCUUCGUGUAAUGAGAUGACUGUACAUUAAAACAAUGGUCAAAUAUGGGUAAGAUCAACAGAUCGUUUGUGUUACUCUACAAGAAUGACGUGCAAUAAAAUGCUGUCACGAAACCUUUCAUACCGCAUAAAGAACCUUGUAAAUAUCACUCUUGCUGAUGAGUUUACAACGCGAAUGGUGUUUACAGUGAAAUCGACUCUCUCAUUUACCGCAGGUUAGUAGGGGUGAUUAAAUAUUAUAAUGCAUGGCUUACAGUGUAAAAGCCGAGUGUAGCUGUUAGCACUUUAUUUAUAGCGGUGUGAAUGACCCUUCUUAGCGAGGUGCUAUGCUACAAAUGCAUCAGACGGCGGACACUGUUACCGUGGCGACUGGCUCCCUGCCAGCGGCUGAUGCAUCACUUCCACUACAUGUACUUGGCAAUGCGCACUUGUGAACCCUGAUGCCCACUACCAACUCACGCUCCUGCAGCCAAGACAAAAGUACCAGCUUUGAUUUAUACAGUUGAAGGUUGCAGAGUAUACAGCAGUUUAAAUUUAAUGCUGUUUGUCAUGUUUAUGGGACAGUUGCAGUAAAUUUUAAUUUGCGGAACAUUGUUUUGUUCUGAGAGACGCAGCGCGGGUCAGCGGAUAUGGACUUGUGAAACACUGGUUGUAUGUCUGAUUUCUCCAAAGGCAUGCAAUUAUGAUUGGGAUUGUUGCAUUGCGGGUUUAGACGACACCAAAUCUAUGGCUCAAUUGCAUCAAUAAAUGUAUCAGCUUUUGUUUUAUAUGCAA